UAUGCAACACAUAGCAACAAAUGCAACGAAUUCUUAUCUGUUAGUUAAAGAUGUCGUCCAUCACUGGCUUCAACUUCAACCUCUCGUUCCGGCAUCUAUACAUACAAUUUCCCGCUCAAUCUCGCCGGAAAAUCGAGUACGGCUGCACCUGCACCGCCGUUAGACCCGUCCUUUGUUCCACGUCAUCAUCCGUUUCUCAUUCAGAUGAGAAUCAUGUUAGCACUUCAUAUAGCAGGAGAUUGAUGACUUUUAUGAUCACAUUUCUUUUGCCUCUGCCUAAAUCAAUACAACUUUCUGGUGCCGAUGCGUAUGCUGCUGCAGAUGAUCUAGUCUUAGUACAGGAAGAGAUAAGAAAAGUAUUAUCCAAGAGUAAAGCCGCUGGUGUUCUUCGCUUGGUUUUUCAUGACGCAGGAACCUACGAAAUGGAUGAUGAUUCGGGUGGCAUGAAUGGCUCCAUAUCUUUUGAACUCGAUAGACCCGAAAACAAAGGUCUUAAGAAAUCAUUGAAGAUUCUGGUGGAAGCUAAAAAGAUGGUGGACGAGAAACAGCCAGUGUCAAUGGCUGAUAUGAUUGCUGUGGCUGGAGCCGAAGCCGUCUCUUUAUGCGGAGGUCCAAAAAUCCCCGUUCGCUUAGGCAGAUUAGACUCGAUGGUACCUGACCCCGAGGGAAAACUUCCGGAAGAAACGUUAGAUGCCUCUGGAUUAAAACAAAGUUUUCAACGAAAAGGUUUUUCAACACAAGAACUUGUAGCAUUAUCUGGUGCGCAUACUCUUGGAAGCAAAGGUUUUGGAAAUCCGGUUAUUUUCAAUAAUGCGUAUUACAAAGUCCUGUUGGAGAAGCCAUGGCUAUCUUCGGCUGGAAUGACAAGUAUGGUCGGUCUUCCUUCUGAUCGUGCUCUAGUUGAUGACGAUGAAUGCUUAAGGUGGAUCUCAAAGUAUGCUGAUGAUCAAGAUUUGUUCUUUGAAGAUUUCAAGAAUGCUUAUAUCAAACUUGUGAAUUCUGGUGCAAAAUGGAGAAGGGAUUCUUAGUUUUCCUGUUUUAUAUAUUUUGUCAAUACUGAGAGAUGUUUUCAACAACUAUUUUAAUCAGUAUGAACCGGCUGGUUAUACCGGUUAAACCGGAUAUCGGACACAAGUCCGGUACGAUAAAGGCCGGUAAAAUCUGAAUAUGGUA